AUGGCCCACUCAGGGUAUCAUAAGAACGCGGCGUAUGACCAGAAUCGGCGUCGGCAGCUCUCCAUGGUCUGCGGCCUAUAUUCAAACGAGGAACUUCGCCGCAUGACUCUCGCGCCCACACCAAACCGCAUGGGCGUGCACAUACGAUGGUAUCACGACGAAGGUGCACUGGAAGACCAGCGACAUGGCGAUCCGGCACGGGAGAUUGUCAGCAACAGACCUCGCGCGCCUCCUCUGAGGCGCCAGGCGCCUCUGACGGACGAGCAGUUCGGCGCGAUGAUCAGCCAGUUGCCCUUCGCUAUAUUGCGGCGUUAUGGCAUCCCUGCGCCCGUCUCGGGCCCUCCUGCUGUCCUCGAUCGAGCGCCUUCCGGGGAUAAUGACGAGGCGGCAGCAAUGGCUGUAAUGCGAGAACAAUCGUUUCACAAUUCUCCACGCAAUUACAGCGAUGCUGCCGCUGUUAUUGCGUGGAGGGAUGAGGUGAAGCUCGCAGGCGCCAUAUAA